AUGGAUAUGAACAACCUUCCUGUCCAUUAUUAUGCUCAGAAUAAGUCAUGGAUGGACUGCAGGCUGUUUACUGAGUGGUUCCAUGAACGGUUUGUACCAUCUGUCAGGAAGUUCUGCCUUGACAAAGGGAUUGAGGAGAAGGCACUUCUGUUGGUGGACAAUGCACCAUCUCAUCCAUCUUCAGCAACACUUCAUUCUGAGGAUGGCAGGGUGAAAACACUAUUUUUGCCACCCAAUACAACGUCUGUGAUCCAACCAAUGGAUCAAGGUGUUCUAGACCUAUGUAAGAAACGGUACAAACGUAAGUUGCUAUCACACAUCAUCAUGGAAAAUGAGUCUCCUCAUUUGUCUGUGCCUGAGAUCCUCCAGAAAGUCACCUUAAAGGAUGUUGUCUACUGGAUCUCGGCUGCUUGGAAUAAAGCAUCAAAUGACAGUUUGCGCAAGGCAUGGAAGCAUUUGCUGCCUGAGUCUGACACACCUAAAACAUCUGAAGAUUCUACUUCAAGCAAUGAGGUAUGCAGUGACAUGGUGGACAUGGCUGCCCCUUUGGGACCUGAUGUUCAAGAAGCUUUUGCCGAAUGGUUUGAUUCAGAUUCGAGUGAUGCAGGCCACCAGAUCAUGGAAGACGAUGAGAUUGUGGCAGAUGCACUAGCACAGGGCAACAGUGACGAUGAGAGUGAAGAGGUGGAGGCCAUGGAAGACUGUCGUUCAGUCACACCUCAUGAAGCUUUCAAUGCCCUGGAGACCUCACUGCUGUGGCUUGAAUCUCAAAACACUGAUCCAGCUCAUCUCCUUCUUGUGAAGAAAUGUCGUGACACUGCGGCUCGGAUGAGACAGGAAUCACUGAGGCAAACAUCCAUUACUUCUUUUUUGUACAGAACUGAAUGA